AUGAACACACAGCCACAAGAGGAAACACCAGAAUCAUAUGAAUUAAGUUAUAAGAUUGGAGUAGCUGAGAAUAAAAUUCCAAAUUUCGUAAGACGAUGGAAGAUGUUCAUACAUAUGUUCAAAACUUUUGCAUCAAGGUUAGAUUGGGGAUAUUUUGCCAUAUUUGAUGGACAUGCUGGCUUCCAGGCGUCUAAAUGGUGUGGGUCUAAUUUACAUUCUAUUAUUGAAGAGAAGCUUUUGAAUAAUGAUAAUGAAGAUGGUAGUGCCAAUGUUGAUGUUAGAGAUAUCUUGAAUGAAUCAUUUUUGAUUGUUGAUAAACAAAUCAAUACUCAAUUGGAAGGUAAUAGUGGGUGUACUGCGGCAGUUUGUGUAUUACGUUGGGAAUUGCCUGAUGAUAAUGAUAAUGCUAAUGAUAAUGAUAAUGGUAAAAGCACUGGUAAUGCUGAUGAGAUACAGACAAAUACUAAUAGUAAUAAUAGUAAAGAUUUGAGACAACACAAGAGGAAAUUAUAUACGGCAAAUGUUGGAGAUUCUCGAAUAGUAUUGUUUCGAAAUGGACAUAGUAUAAGGUUAACUUAUGACCAUAAGGCAUCUGAUUUAUUAGAGAUGAAACGAGUGGAGGAAGCAGGUGGACUUAUAAUGAAAAGUCGAGUAAAUGGAAUGUUAGCUGUGACUAGAUCUUUAGGUGACAAAUUUUUUGAUAGUUUAGUUAUUAGUAACCCAUUUACUACGAGUGUUGAAUUAAUCGAUUCAGAUGAAUUUUUAAUAAUAGCGUGUGAUGGAUUAUGGGAUGUUAUUGAUGAUCAAGAUGCAUGUGAAUUAAUACAAGACAUAAAAGAUCCGAAAGAAGCUGCAAAGAAACUUGUUAAAUAUGCCUUAGAAAAUGGUACAACAGAUAAUGUUACUGUCAAUGGUUGUAACGUUGUAAAUAUAUAUGUGUGUACGUAA